UUUUUCCAUUCGCUGAUGCGCGGGUUCCAUCCCACGGUUUCCUUCUCUCUUUUCUGGAGUUAAAUUUGUCUGUAGGUGCUUGAGAUCUGCCUGUAGACGCCUGGAGUUAAGUCUGUCUGCAGACGCCAGCCCCAAGCCCUCUGGUCUCAAACUUUUAGCUCCCGUGCAGAAGCAAAGCAGGAGGGAGCCCGGGGCGCCUUCGGAGGUACUUAAGGUGCGACCAGACUGCCGCCUCAAGUCUCCCACGCCUGCACCAUACUCUGAGUCCAGCCGUCAGGAGGCCAAGGCCACUAGUGCCUGCAGCCAGCCCCAGGAAGCCUCCCCUUCCAUAGAAGAGCUCAAUGAGGAAUUGUGGGGAUGGAGAGCACCUGACACAUGGCAAGGACUCAGCAGAAUGGCCACCAUCAGUUCCACAGGAUCGGGUUCCUCCUUUGUCGAUAGACCCCACAUACCCACCAUGUUCAUAGGCAAAUGUUUAUCAGCCAUCUCCUGUCCUGCAGGAAGCACCACACCAGCUACUGUAGCCAAUAAAAUGGUACAACCAUGCCCUGCCUCCAGGUGUCCUCAAGCCUGCACACCUUCCUAGUCCCACCUGGAACCAUCAGUCCUUUUCCCUUCUGCCUCCUUUGCUCCACUCCGUCUCCAGCCAACCAGUCACCAUGGCAGCCCUGAUUGCAGAGAACUUUCGCUUCCUGUCACUCUUCUUCAAGAGCAAGGAUGUGAUGAUUUUCAAUGGGCUGGUAGCACUGGGCACAGUGGGCAGCCAGGAGCUAUUCUCUGUGGUGGCCUUCCACUGUCCCUGCUCACCAGCCCGGAACUACUUGUAUGGGCUGACAGCCAUCGGAGUGCCCGCCCUGGCACUCUUCCUCAUCGGUGUCAUCCUCAACAACCACACCUGGAACCUAGUUGCCGAGUGCCAGUAUCGGAGGACCAAGAACUGCUCAGCUGCUCCCAACUUUCUCCUUCUAAGUUCCAUCSUUGGCCGUGCAGCUGUGGCCCCCGUCACCUGGUCUGUCAUCUCUCUGCUGCGAGGAGAGGCCUAUGUCUGUGCUCUCAGUGAGUUUGUGGACCCCUCCUCACUCACAGCUGAGGAAGAGGGCUUCCCACUAGCCCAUGCCACCGAGAUCCUGGCUAGGUUUCCUUGUGGGGAGGGCCCUGCCAACCUGUCAGGCUUCCGGGAGGAGGUCAGCCGCAGGCUCAAGUAUGAGUCCCAGCUCUUUGGGUGGCUGCUCAUCGGCGUGGUGGCCAUCCUGGUGUUCCUGACCAAGUGCCUCAAGCAUUACUGCUCACCACUCAGCUACCGCCAGGAGGCCUACUGGGCACAGUACCGUACCAACGAAGACCAGCUGUUCCAGCGCACUGCAGAGGUGCACUCCAGGGUGCUCGCAGCCAACAACGUGCGCCGUUUUUUUGGCUUUGUGGCACUCAACAAAGAUGAUGAAGAGAUGGUUGCCAAAUUCCAAGUGCAAGGUACACAGCCACGGCCACAGUGGAACGCCAUCACUGGUGUCUAUCUGUACCGUGAGAACCAGGGUCUCCCACUCUACAGUCGCCUGCACAAGUGGGCCCAGGGUCUAGCUGGCAAUGGCACAGCCCCCGACAACGUGGAGAUGGCCCUGCUAGCCUCCUAAGAGCCUGCCCGACUCGCUCUUUGCAAAUGGUACCACUUGGUUCCAAACUGAACCCCACUCCCCCACUGCCUGUUCACAUCAGCACCAGAAGGGAAUUUUUUUAAAAUCACAGAUUCCUGACCAAACAGGUCAGGGAAGAGGACACAAGGAUCCUGUGGAUAAUGCAGUCUGCUCUGACAGGAAAGCUGUUAGGCCUGAAGCCUCUCCUGUUGCUAUUAGCCUACUUGGGUCAUAGCUUUGUGGAAAAGCCUCUUUUCCAGACCAUGGUUAAUUGACUUCAAUUAACCAUGACAUAGGUUUUCUUUUGACAGGUGGGACUCUGAGCUGAAGCUUCAGUCAGAAGAGCCAGGUGACAGAAAUGCACUGCAGGUUCCUUAUAUAAUAUAUUGUGCAGUUAAUUUUGUAUCUAAUUGCAAAGGGACAUUGAGCUCAGUGGUGCAUGGUUGGGAAGCUGUCCUCUGUUGUAUGCCUCUGGCAUGAUUUCAUGUAUUUAAAUUUUGGAUAAAUCAUUUCUUACUAUAAAGGACUAACUUGGUAUCUGUGUAACCGAAUGGGCACAGUUAUGCACAGAGGCCCAGAUCCCAGUCACUGGGGACAAGACUAAAAGGAAGCACAGAAGUGGAAAUAGCUUGGGAGGGCCAGGUGUCCAUGCAAGGGUGGUCCUAGGACUGAAUUUUCUGGCAACUGGUUUCAGUUUUCUGAUUUGAUCUGGACCAGUGAGAACAUGACCUUUCUCAGAAGGAGGCUCAGUUGGAAAUUUCAAGAGUCAAAAGAUCCUGUUCUUGAUAGGACAAAUGUAGCCCCUGAAACCCAGUGCUAAUGUCCAAGAACCAGCCCUCCCCAAUUUCUACUCCCUCCCAGCCUCACCCUGGUUACCUCCACCACCUCUUAAAACCUUUUGAUGCUCUCCUUCAUCCCUGUCCUGCUUCCUGGCAUACAACUCAGUCAUUUCCCAGGGAAAAGCUCUCAGGAUAUUCAAGGCUGUGCCAGAGAAAAUUUUUAAUUCCCUUAGGACCAAGCCAAAAAGAAAAGGGUUCAACAACUAGUAAGGAUCACUAUUCUUCCAGAACUCUGAGAUGUACCAGCUUGGGAGAGGUGAGGUCACCUGGCCACAGUGGGCCUGGGGGUGAGUGUUACCAGGCACAUUAAGUCAACACUUGUGGCUUUCCUCAGCAACCCAGGUUCUUUGAUUUUCCCUUCUAGGACCUGCUUUUGUCCUCCUGUCCCAGCCUCCACUAAAGGGCAGGAAGUACUACCUGGCCUGAGGCAAUUGCGCCUUAACAGAAGGCUUGCUUCCUAGGAACUACUCUAACCCCUCUGGCUGGACUGAGAGCCUGCCAGGAACAAAGCAGGAUCCUGACCAUGAGAUCCAUAGGAGUUAGGCUUUCUACUCUUGGUUCCCAGGGAGCUCUCCUGAAGGACGGACACUUGUUUUCUCUGGGAGCCCCCCAAACUGCUGCCUGUAAUCACUGAACASCUUCAAAAAAGAUGACACAAAUCCAUCAUAAAAACAGAACAAGUAAACAGAAAUUAAACCUCAAGGGCCAGAGAAUGUGGUGAGUGAUUGAUUGCCUAGCAUGUGCAAUGACUUGAGUUUGAUCUCCAGC